CCCGCAACCUGGCACGGCGGUGCAGGCCCUUCAGUCUGUCCCAGGACGUGCCAGUGCUUGCAUCGCUCCCUCUCGCAGCUUCGCCUAUAUUUGGGUACCUUCGUAGAGGUCAUCUGACUUGACGAUGAUGUAUUCGAUGCCGUGGGUGCUGUUCCUCGUGCUGGCCGCCUGGGACCCGAGGCCGAGUCGAGCUUUCAUCUUCCCAAGCUUGCCCCAGGACGUCUGCGACAGGCACUUCUCCAUUAGUAAUGACACUGAUCUAGACAAGUUGGCUGGCGAGUGGGUGACGGUGGCCAGCACGAGGAAGGUCUUCCCUUGCCAUCGAUUCAGCGGAAAGGUUGUAGGAGCGGAUGAGGCGGUCCUGAGGGAGUCGUGGCGCCGCACGGGAUGGUUCGGGACAGUCCUCGACUACGAGGCGGAGGACGAGGUCGCGGCCAGAAGCGGCGGGACCUUGGAAGUCACGCGAACCAGAUUAGCGGCGGUGCUCGUCCCCGGCAGGCUGGCCGUCCGCUCGUUCGGGGAUUCGCUCGUCCUCGUCCAGUGCAGGAACUUCGUCUUCUUCUCCCUGCCUUCCAUCACGGUCCUUGCGAGGGAAGUGCCCAGCGACCCCCGGGCAGCUGUGCGUCGCCUCUUCUCCCAGGUGCGAGUGACAGCGUCCAUUCCGUCCUUCUACGUCACCGAACACGACCAGUGCCAAAACGACUCCAGAACGGAUACCAUGUUCGUCCACGAUUACGACCUGCAGAGCUUGGACGACCUGAGGAAUGAGGUCCUGCAGACGACCCCCGAGAGGAAUGUGAAGUAGAGGUGCCACUCGAAUCGAUGUCAAGGGUUGGGUCAAGGCGUGGGCGGUUAGGUGCUGGAGCUCAGGGCUUCCCACCAGAAAACAAGGGAUAUAUUUUUAUUCACUUAGGGUCGCUGAAUCAAGAUGUAUGGUGUUUAAACAAUUUGAUAUAAAAAACAUUCAAAUAUCUUGCCCUGGUUCUGGUGGUUUUCCUGGGAGUAGGUAGAGGGAUGUACGUAGUGAGUGAUGGUCCAAAGGGGACAAAAACACCACUGUAAUUUAUGUUUUGAGGUGUUAAUGAAAUAAAGAACAUUUGUUGCACUUAGAAGAUUAUUUGCACUGCUGGACGUUGUGGAGAUUGUUGAUGGAUGCGUCACAGCUUUAGAAAACUCGUGCAGGGUGAAAAUCUCUGAAAUAAAAGAAGCUUUAUCACCAUGUCAGUUUUAUUUUUUAUUUUACACUU